UUAAAGGAAAGAUUACGAAAGAAAGAUGGCUGAAGCUGAGGAACAUUAUUUCCUAGCCUCGGCCGCACUCAAACGUAGAAAGGCCGAAUUACAACCUUCGGUCCCAGAAAGAAGAGACCAGCAGAUUGAAGUUCAAGUGUCGAUGCCAUUCUCGCAACAUGAUGUGAGAAAUACAUGGGGCGAGUUUGAUGUGGCACAAUCACGAAAUGGCAAGCUUUUCGAGACUGCUUUAUGGCUGCAGUACACGAGAAUGACCGGAUUGCACCAGCGUACAAGUUCGCUUAUUUAAAAACGCUCGCUGGUUGGAAAGGCCGCUCGUACUCUUUGCGAAUGGCAGUUAACGGGAUCGAAUUACAUCGAGGCCUGUCGGGAGCUCCUCCGUAACUUCUUUCGGCUUCCUUUGCUCCAAGGUCCGCCGAAAGCAAGUGACUUGGAAAGAAUGUCAAAUACAACACACGAGACGUUGCGACAGUUAAAAGCGGAAGGUAUCCCCACGGAUGGGUGGGAUAUGAUAAUCGUGCAUGUUCUACAUGACAAGAUGGAUGCCGAGACUGCCUGCAAGUGGGAGGAGGCUCACCGCUCCGAAAGGCCAACGGUGAAAGAAGUAUGCACCUUCCUCGAUAGAUGGUCGGUUGCAUUGGAAAGUGCGCAAGAUUGUGGGCGCAGAGAAGCUUCCAGGCCAUCGACGUCGGCGCAAGCAAUUGCGCGGGAAAGAUUGACGACAAGAAAUCUGGAAAGACACCUGGAGAGACCGAAAGAGCAACCGGAAAGAAGAAGUCUGACUACUAGAAUGAGCAAGGCAGACGGAAAGAAGAGGAUGCCAUGUCAGGCAUGUUCCUCUAUGGCGCAUCCUGUCUGGGAGUGUCCAGAAUUCCAGGUCUUGAACCUAAAAGUAAGACAAGAUCUGGUGCAAGAAUAGAAUAUGUGCCCGAAUUGUCUGAAGAACGGUCACAAUGUGAAAGACUGUUUCCAAGGGCCAUGCACACGUUGUCCUGGUCGGAGAAUGCAUAAUAUUGUGCUCUGUCCGGUUAAGGAACUGAAUAAAGCGGAGCUAACUGUGCUCCAGGUUCAGGAGCAGGGGCGAAAGAGAGGGAUGUCGAAAGAUGAAAAGAAACGACUGACUGGAGGGCGUCCUCGACUUGAAAGGAAAGAUACUAGAAGAUUCGAGUCAGAUGACGACAGCGGCAAAGCCUCAUGAAAAGACUUCAAAAGACAUACGAAAGAGCAAAAAGAAAAUAAAAAGAUAAUAUAUAAAGAUAAUUUGAAUAGUUUUAUUUGUAGGGAAAGAGAGGGUUACACCCCUAUGCCAACGGCACAGGUAACGAUAGACUUGGAAGGUAAGACUUAUGGUUAGGUCCGAGCUUUGCUGGACACUGGGUCUCAAGUCAAUUUGGUAACCAACCAAUUGAUGGAAAGAUGGCCGCUCCCUAGAGAGCAAGCAACUAAGAAAGCGAUUGGCAUCAGCGGUCAGCCAUUUCAGAUCAAGCACAAAACCACGUUAAAGGUUAGUCCUUGGUUUUCAUCAGGUGUUUUGAUCGAGCAAGAGUUCUGGGUGCUACCGAAAGAGGGUCGAUAGCGACCAACAAUUCCAGCACAAGGUUUGGCGCGUGCAAUAUUGGAUGCGUCUCAUGAGCCACCAUUAGCAGACCCGGAGUAUUGGAAAGAAGGUCCUGUGGACCUAUUGCUAGGAUGCAAGUUUUUGGCAAAGAUGUUUAUGCCAAGUUUGGAAAGACAGUCAGAUGGGGUGGUUGGUAUAGAAACAGCCUUUGGAAAGAUCAUAAUGGAACAGCAAGAAGAAUUCCUUGCUGGGAAAGAGAUAAACAAGCGCACACGGUGUGCUUAGACAAUAAACAGCUACACGAAGCGCUUAGACGACUAUGGAUAUUGGAUGAGAUCAAAUCCUCGUCCAUGAGAUCGAAAGAAGAAGAACUGGUGGAACAGAAUUUCCAAAACACGUAUAAACGUGACAGUUCUGGAAGGUUUGUGGUUACGGUUCCUCUGAAGGAAUCAUGGAAAGAUAUAGGCACUACCGAGCUCAUUGCGAAGUGAAGGUUUUUCGCGGUGUUUUUUGUGUCGGUAUUUUAUUCUUUUUAUUUUUUAUUUCAGCGGUAAGAUAUUUGGUACUUGUCUCUGGACUUGUGCUAAAUCAGUGUUUAAGAAUAUUUGUCUGUAGUGAACAUUAUAACAAAAAAAAACAAACCUACCAGAAAUCUUAUCUUAAAUCUCUGAUUAUCUUCAAAAUCUAUACAAAUAAAUAUAACAAGUGAAACCUUCCUUUUUAAAGAACAUAACAAACAAAAAUCCAACUGAGAAUCGUGCUUCUCAGAAAAAUAAAUAUAGCACAACAUUUCAUUUACAUGCAACUUAACAAUUCAACUAACAACGACAAUACACAAAACUUAGAUCUCCUCCGGAACGAACUCAUUGCUUUCCAAUGGAAUUUCUCUCCACUAAGGUAUGGAGAAUUUCCAUGGAGACCAACAAUGAGGCAAGUGACAGCUGCAUCACUUGGUAUUCCACUUACAAAACAUAAACAACAUUCAACAACAUUUGAGUAAGUACGAAAUUUAUUUGGUUAUUCUUUUAUUUUCUUAUUUAGGAUUGAGGAUGCGGUUCCUGACCAGUCGUCCACAACAAAAAUUAGCUGAAAAAAUAAGAGCAAUCCUAAGGAAAAACGAACCCUAAAUAUACAUGAAAUUCGAGUAGCUGUUCACAAAGCUAAUCUCUUUUAUAAUACUUCGAUACUGUAUCGAACGCUAGCGUACGAGUUUCAACACCAAUACAGUCAGCAACCGCCAGCUAAACCUACACUUCAACAUUAUAUAUUUAUUAUGUAUUGUACGAAAGAGCAUACAAAAGAACAUGCAUUCUUCGUUCUUAGGUAAAAUAUUUUUAGUCUAAAAUCAGCUUUGUAAAUGGCCAGUCGGCAAGUCGGAAAGUGAUAAAAAAGGUGUUUAAUAAAUUAGGUUUUUUGCUAAGGCUUUUUCCCAAACAAAACUGUUUUCGUUUUAUUUCAACGUCGGGUUGGGUUUUCCGCAUUUCUAUGCGAGGUUUAACUUCGGUUUAAACAUUUGGUCCAAACGAGCCGGAUUGUUACCAGCGACCAAUGGAUAAAGUCCGCGAGUGUUUCGUUUUUGCUCGUGUUAAUUAAAAGUAAAUUCCAGCUAGUGAAAUUAAAAAUAAAAUGGCGAGACCUAGUCUAUAUGUAGAUGAAUCGAAGAAGAAAAAUCAGCAAGAAGAAUAUAGCUGUAAAUAUCAGCAAGAUGUAUCGACAGCGGCAAGCGGCUUAAUAUUGGAAUUGUAUGUGCAUGUGUUCUUUUUACAUAUUUUUACAUUUUGUGCAAGUCCCAACAUGGAAGAGCGUGUCUGCUAUUCAAGGGGAAAUAAGAGUAAACAGCUACUCUCAGCAAGCGGUACUAUAUUUUAUAUAGAGGGAUACACAAAAUACAUAAAUGUGUAUACUCACGAACAACUAGCAGGCGAACGAGAAGAAGAUGACAAAGAGGAGAAAAACACAAGCAACGGCUGCGUGUGCUCCGUAGGUUGUUUUAGAUUGUCUCGUUCAGUUGUUUAUCAAUCGGCGCUAGAAACAGUUCACGUUCAGAGAUUGCGAUUUAUUACUGUGCGAGCGCUAUUUCAAUUUAAAAUUUAAAAAUUUUUUGUUUUAACAAAUAUAUUUAUUUCUCGGAAGAAAAAACUGAUACCCAAAUGGCGAACAAUAGGAUCCAUGAGGCAUACCUCAAAGCGAUGAAGAGGAUGGAAGGCUAUUUGGAGCUACCCAGGGAAGAUGAGGACGAAGAGGACCUGCAAGUGCGGCUUGAACGUCUAGAGGAAGUAUGGAGCCAGCUUUCGGCGAACCAUAUGAAGUGGAUAUCUGGCAAGGGAAAUGACGUGGACGAGGCGUCAGAGCGGCAAGCAGACGCCGAGGAACUUUACCUCGGCACAAAGAGGAAGUUCCGCAAGCGGAUAUCCGCGAUUGCGCAGCGUAAAAGGGAGCAGCGAGUUGAGAAGGAAACGGCAAGCGGACAGGCGAUAGAGGUGUCCAUCCAGGUGCCUCCUCAGCAGGAGGUAAAAAAUACGUGGGGGAGUUCGAUGGGUCCCUCACGAAGUGGCAAGAGUUCAGGGCAUGAAAACGAGCAAGUCAAGCCGGCUUUCAAAUUUCAGCAUCUCGCCAAAUCGCUGACCGGCAAGGCGGCCAGGACUUCAGGCGAAUGGCAGCUCACGGAAGGUAAUUACCUAGAAGCCUGGGCUAGGCUCAAUCAACUGUACGAUAAAAAGUACCAGACAUGCCGCGAGUUACUGAGGCAGUUCCUGAGUCUGCCAUGUCUGCAAGCUACACCUCGUGCGGACCAGAUCCAGAGGCUCUCGAAUGUAACACACGAGACCCUGCGACAGCUAAAAGCGCAAGGUAUUCCAGUGGAAUACUGGGAUAUGAUCGUGGUCCACUUGCUACACAAGCGGCUGGAUGCGGACACGGCCCGCCAAUGGGAGUUGCAACGGCAAUCUGAAACACCAACAUCAAAGGAGAUGCUGGCAUUCCUGGAUCGGCAAGCCUCGGGAAGCACACAACCGACAAGCAGCCAUCAGGCCAAGGCGGCCUUCAUGAUGAGCGGCGCAGUAGCGAGGAAAGGGUCGAGGCAGCGCUUCGACAAAUUCAGCAGCGAGCGAGUAGGGCAGCAAGGGAACACGGCCGGCCAGUCCAAGCAAGGAAUGAAGCCAUCGAUAAAUUGGCAAGGGAGCAAGCCAAGCAGAGCAAUAAGACAUCAGCACAGGUGCGAGUUAUGCGGCGAGGAACAUCAAUUAUACCAUUGCAAGCAAUUCAGGGUUUUUGGACCAGUCAGCUAGGGUACGUUUUGUGCGCAUGCACAUGUUGUGUGAGAAUUGCUUCAAGCAAGGACAUAACGUGAAUGCGUGUUUCCAGUCUCCGUGUCCGAGAUGUCCAUUUAAAAUAAUGUACAACAGCCUAUUAUUCCCAAGCCACAGAGUACCUCUGGCAGAGGUUACUGUGAAGAAAGGCAUUAAAUGCGAUGGUGAUUGACAAUUAAUUAUUCCGGCUAAGCGGCAAAAGUUCAAUAAAACUAAGAACCUUCUUGAAAGCUACUUGAAUGUCUUUUAUUUAAUCUCUCCCUCCACAGGUGAUGAAGCUUUGAUUCCAACAAUGUUGGUAAGAUUGAAGACGACGGGCAGUUGAUCGGGCCAGUUCGAGCUAUAUUAGACUCAGGAGCACAGCAAAAUUAGAUUCGAUACGAAUUAGUGCGAGCUUUUAAAAUACUUACAUGGCAAGCCACGAAAAGGGUUACAGGUAUCGAAGGUACAGAUACAUGGAUUUUCUGACGCCUCCACAACGGCAUACGGAGCUGUGUUAUAUGCAAGGGUAGAGCAAGCCAAUGGCAAAGUGACGAGCCAAUUGAUUACUUCAAAGACAAGAGUGCCUCCACUCAAGAUGGUGUCUAUACCGCGGCUAGAGUUAGCAGGGGCAGAGUUGCUCGGUCGCUUAUUGGUAGAAUUACUGAAGGCAAUGGAUUGGGCAAGCGUAGAGUAUAUACUUUGAACAGACUCGAUGGUAGUUUUGCAUUGGCUACAAAGACUACCCCGUGAUAUGAAAACUUACGUGGGGAAUCGAGUAUCAUCAA